AUGCCGUCGUCACAUAGCAUCCCAGUCAACGCGGAGCAUCUCUCCGUGCCAGAGUGUCACUCUCUGUUCCACAGAUUUCUCCGUUAUUUCUUGUUCAAUAAUGGCCAGCUCUCUGAACAGUUUUUCAUCUCCGGAGAACGCGAUUCCUGCUUCUUACCGAGGGAAUUUUCCCAAAACCGACGACCGUCCUCCUGUCUUGAAUCCCUUCAGAGGCUGGAAAAGGAUUUUGUUAAUCUGGCUGCCUAUCCGGUUGACCAGUUUCUUAUUAUCCUGGGUGCCAAUACCUUGCGGCCUUUGCGCGCAGUGCUUUUGGACUUUAGCGCUUGCAUUUCCAACUCUUACACUUGCGAUGCUGAUGUGCCCGCGAGGCAGAAAUUUGCGCCCUUCUUUCAGUCUCUCACCCUGGAUCCAAAAUUUCAGGAGUUUCUCAGUCCCACCGCACCCACUCGAACGCACGUCUACUUCCGAGUGAAAGGCGACUUACAGAACCAUUUCUUCAUCCCACAUCAGACCUUUAGGCUGUCUUCCCUCAAAAAUUUGCACAUACUCUGUGUUGUCCCAGCUGUCGAAGAUACCAUGGAAUUGUCUGGUUGUGACACAACCGCGGAUUUAUCAAAGGAACCAAUUAAUGGCUUUGCGCCUGGCAAGGAUGAUGAAGAAAAGUCGCAUUUCAUCUGGUUUUCAUGCCCCUCCGUCGUAAAGGGUUCUGCGGAGUAA